AUUUUGCAUUUCCGGGAUCUCCGACGGGGAAGAGCACUGCUUUGUUUACUUCCCUGUCAACUUGGGCACACUGCUUUGAAUGGCUGUGCACAGCACAACCAUCCAAAGCAGUGUGCUUACAGUGAAGCACACAGACACCACCGCACAAUAAAACACACCCAGCACACAGUUAACCCUUUGAUCACCCCUCAUGUUAACCCCUUCCUGUCCAGUGCCAUUACUACAGUGUCAGUGCUUUUUUUUUUUUUUUAGCACUCAUCACUGUAUUGGUGUCACUGGGGAUGUCAGUGACAUCAGUGACAGCAAGUCAGUUCCCCCCUAGUGACAGAAUGUCCGCCGCAGUUCUGC